AUUCUAUUGCGCUUUACAAUUUCUAACUACUGUCUUUUGCCACGUAGCAUUAGAGUGAGUAAUAACGGAAACAUGUGAAUAAAGAUGACUAAUUUCUGUAAUUUUUAAAAGAAGCCCAAUUUUUAGGUCAUAAAAAUUUCAGUACGCUUUAGUUUUCGAUAAACCCAAUCUAAUUGAAGAUGAAAUUUAAAAAAAAGGUACUAUAUUUUUUUUUGUUUUUUAUACAAAUGAAUAAUUUCUGUUUAUCUAAAGUGCAAAAUUAUCAAGAUGCUAAACAAACGGAGAACGAACUUCUCAAUAGCGAAGAUCCUUUUUGUAUAAUUGGAAAGUUAUACAAUGACUCGACUGUUACGGACACAUUUUUUGAGAAUCUAGUUAUAAAAAAAUUGUUUAUCAUAAUAGCAGAUGAUAUGAACGACGGGAUAAUGUUAGCUGAUUUCUUGAGUACCGGAAAUAGAGUUAAAUUUGAUUUGGAAGAUCUUUUUGAGAAUGAAGUAUUUCGACAAAAUAAAAUACAAGAACAUUUUUAUUUGUACAAAUCGAAAUUAAAAGAUGUACAUAUAUUUGUCUAUCCUACAAACACACCGAAUGAACUAUUAAUAGACUACUUAGCAAAGAAAACUAUAGAAUCGGCACAAUAUUUAAAAGUUGCACUUAUAUGUAAAAAUGAUAAUAACACUGAAAUUUUGAAUUCUAUGUUUUUGAUUGCAUCAAAAAUUUUUCAACUUGACAUUGAACGACAUCGUUGCGAAAUGGAAUACAACAUUAUUUUUCUCCCAUUAAAUAUAAAUGAUUCUACAGAAUGUACACUUGGAGUGAAAAUAAUAAAAGAUUACUAUAUACAUAGUUUUAGAAGAUUUCAGACUGCAAAUAGUAAUGCUUUUGAUACGAUUGAACGCAAAGAAAUUUUCAGAAGUUUGAGUAAACAGGAGCAAUUAGAAUAUCUUGUCAUAAAACCUCUUCUUGAUGAUGAAGACCAUGUUAACAAUACAUGUUCAAAUUCUCCAAGUAUUUUAGAAAAUGAUUAUCUAUUACAAGAGAGCAAAUUAAUUAAACUUCGUAGUUUCUUAAAACCAGAGACCAAUGUCAUAAAUAAAGAAUGUUUUGACAAAAUAGUAAGAAGUGAAACAUUCUUCAUAUCGGAUUUGAACUUUUUGCCGGAUUGGUUGAUUUUUGCAAACAAAAAUGCUUUAAUGAUAAUUGCCAAUAGAGACAAUGAAUCGAUGGAUGAAUUAAAAGAAAAUCUUUGUUACAAUGAAGAGAUUUUAAAAAUUUUUAAAGUUAUUUGUUUUGUCAGUAACAUUUUUGACAAUCAUAUGAUAUGGUACAAUUAUUUGAAACAAAUUUUACCUUACUUUUUAAAACAGGAAAAAGUAUUGUCUUCCAAUUUAAAUGUGUGCUCUGAAAAUGAUAGGAAUACUAAAGAAAUUCAAAUAUCGAAUGAAUUAAUAUUGCAAAACAAUAUUGAAUCAAAAUUGAGGGACUUUUAUUCUGGCGAAAAAGAACAGAUUAGUAAACUAAAGAAAUUUCUAUUUCCACAUUCAACAAUAACAAGGGAAUAUAAUUGCGAAUUUAUGAAACUUUAUAAAAUAUUUCAAACAAUCAAAAUUUUUGGCGAAGAUAUAAAUAUAAAAAAACUAUUUCUCGUAAUAGCAGAAGAUAUGAAUGAUGGCAUAGAGUUAGCUGAUUUUAUGAGCAAUAACACAAGAGUCCAUGGUUCAGAGAAAUUAAAAGAGAAAGAUUCGAAACUACAUACAAUGAUAAUGAAAAAUUAUUAUUUGUAUUACAAUAAAGAUGCAUCCACAUACAUUUUAGUUUAUCCUAGAAAUGUAACGGAUCAUUUGUUAGCGACAUACAUGACAAAAAGGACUAUAGAAUUGGCAAAAGAAUUAAAAAUUGCACUCACAUGUCAGAAAGAAAUCAACAAAUUCUCUUUGGAAUCUAUGUUGCUAAUUGCGUCAGAAAUAUUAGAAUUAGAUAUCGAUAAUUACUUUACAAAUAAUAAAAAUGGAAUUAUUAUUUUACCAUCAAACAUUAAGGAGGAUUUUUCAUAUGAAACAAUGAGGAGUGAAUUUAUUGAAAAUUAUUCUGAAAAAUUUGAAAAAUAUGAAAAAGAGACGAAUUUAAAAACAUGGUUUGAGGAGAGUAACUUUAAAAAUUUACAUAUUAAAGAGCAAUUGGAAUAUCUUAUACUGAAAUAUCUUUAUGAAAAUUCCUUCAAUAACGUGUUACUAAUUUCUUCUUACACAAUGAUAUACCCUAUUCAUGUACAUAAUUUCCUACCAAUAGAAUCGAAUAUUAUUACUAUUCGAUAUUUCAAUUCCUUCAACUAUGCUAUUCCGAAUAGAUGUUUACAUGAAAUUUUUCUCCUCAUUAAUGGAAAGUAUGCCAAACAAAACUCACCAUCAAAUAUAACAUCUUUAACAGGUCUAUUAACUUUUCCAACUUGGAUAACCAAAGUGAAGCAAGGAAUGUGUAUAAACAAAAAUAAAAAUGAUAAACUCAUUACAAAAUUUAUAAUCAAUCUUUGUAACAGCCCAAAUCAAAUAGAAAUUGUCGAGAUGAUUUGUCUUAUGAGAUACAUAGAAGAUCAUGAUCCAAAUCUUGAAUUAAAAUUAUUUAGUCUUUUACAACACUAUAUAAUAAAUUAUUAUUGUAAUACUGAAAGAAAUUGGUUUUUAGAAAUUGAAUCAAUGUACAUGGAUCGAAUUAAGCAUAUAGGUAAAAAUAUACUGUUAAAAAGAUUACCAAAAUUUUAUGCGGAAAUAUUAAAAACUCACGAAAACAAGCAGUCUAUCAUGAAAGAAGCUUAUAACCUAGUGUUCAAUUUUAUUAAUUUCGAAAUUGAAAAUACAUGUAAUUCAAUAAAUAAUGGAACCUACAAACUGCAAUUAAGAGGAUAUAUCCUUAAGUUUAGUGAAAUGCUGUACACGCAGUAUUGUCCUGGAAAAGUCACAAUUUUAGAAAUGUUUGCUUGGAAUAAAAUUAUCAUUGAUGACGAUCUAGAUAGUAAUGAACUGCAACAACUCAUUUUAAUUGCACCAACUUGGGAAAUUAUUUCAAAUAGAACCAUUCGCUUAGAUGGUGCUCCUGGACAAAGUAUUUGGAAGCCGAAAACAUUUUCUGAUCGCAUUUAUGGUUUACACGGUUCACCUGGAGAACCUGGAGGAUCAUUUUAUGGAUACGUUCAUGAUAUUAUUAAUGCAGAAAAUUUAUGUAUUGUUAGUAAUGGAGGUGAAGGAAGUGACGGACAAGAUGGCUACGAUUUGGUAUGGUCAUUUGAAAAUAUUGCUUACCAAGAUACAUAUGGAGAAAAUGUUGAAGGUAAAGGAGGAAAAGGUGGAAUUUCUGGUUAUAUUACAAUUUUUCCAGUUAACAUAACUGAUUUGAAAAUAAAGUGGAAGAAUGCUUCCGGUAAUUACGGCAGAUCUGGUAAAGUUAUAAGAGUAGAAAUGGAUUAUAAUCAUAAUCAACAAAUGAUUAUAGAUAGGGAAAACACUUGCCAAAUAGCAGAUAGAAAAAUGAAAAAUCAACAAAGUAUUAAUUCUUCUUAUGUACUAAAUGCUGAUAUUCUUGAAAAUAAUUUCCGUACAAGUGCAUAUAAUUAUCAAGUAUAUACUUCAAUUAUGAACGGAGGAAAUUGAAUAUGUAAAUUUUUACAAAAAAUUCAGUAUCCGCGAAAUGAUAUAAUAUUCGGACCAUUUCGCUUUGUUCAGGAAUUGUUUGAUUUAGAAAACUAUUACUCAUUGAAAUAUUCCAACUCUUAUUUGAAAUUAAAAAUAUAUCUAUAUUAAAAAUCCGUAGGAAUUGUAAAACUUUUUAUCUAGUACAUACAUAUAAAACAUGAUUUUUUUGCGACCGAGAGCGUGCAAAUUCCACCGACAAAUUUUGAACCGAAAAAAUAUAUUUUUCGUGAUUUACUUUGUAAUUUUAAUUUAAUUUAUCUUGAAUUUAAAUUAAAUUUCGCUUUUUAAUUGUAAGUUUAAUUUUGCUUUUAAAUUGUAAGUUUUGAUUUACUUUCCUCUUGUAUAACAUUAACUGAGAAAGAAAUAUGAAAUAUUAAUAAACUAUUAAAAACAAUAUUAAAAAUAA